AUGGCGAGCAAACAACAGGGAAGCAAGGCCGCGGUAGAUGCCCCCCAUGAAAAAUAUUUCCGCCGUCAGUCUGCCGUCAUUCCUGUGGGACUCGGAACGGAUCGCCAACAGGCUCUGCGAUGCUGGACUUCCAAAAGCCCUGCGGUGAUAGCCAAUCCUUCUUUGUUGUUUUCCUUGUGUGUAAUUCGGCCGGGUUCAACUCGUGAGAAGUAUGUGCUGGAGCAGUUGGAUCCUCCUUCAAGAGAGAAGUUUGAGGUGGAUCCAGAUUGCGUGUUGAAUGCAAAUACAGAAGAAGAUGAAUUAGCAGCGUCUGACAUCGGCUUGCUAAGCCACAAGAACGUUGCAUGCGUUCUUUCGAUGCUUAAAACGAGGUAUCUCGCCGGGAAGAUGUAUACUACAGCAGAUCCUCUUUUAGUCGCAAUCAACCCCUUUCAAGACCUCGGAAACGCCACAAAGGAGUGGAUGGAUUACUACCGCAACGCCCCCAGUCUUGCACAGACAGAGCCGCAUGUGUUCAGAGUAGCGAGGGCUGCUUUGUCGAAUUUAGAAGAUUAUAACAGGAGCCAAACUAUCAUUGUUUCGGGGGAGUCAGGAGCCGGGAAGACAGAAGCAACGAAACAAGUAAUGAGGUACUUCGCUGGUGCAAGCAAAGGAACAAACAGAAUUCAAGAGGCCAUAAUGGCAGGCAAUCCUCUUUUAGAAGCUUUCGGGAAUGCAAAAACAAUUCGAAACAACAACUCGAGCCGCUUUGGUAGAUUCAUGCAGCUUUCUAUCUCCAGCGAUGCAGGCAUUAAACACGGCGCUAUCACAAACUUUCUUCUGGAGAAGGUGCGUUUAGUCUCUCAGGAGCCGGGCGAACGUUCAUUUCACGUGCUGUAUCAACUCUUGAAAGGAGCUGAUCAAGAAAUGAUCAGCAAAUACCACCUCAGACCCAUCAACCAAUACGUCUUUCUAACAGCUCGCAGCGGCGGCUGCUUCGACAUCGAAGGCAUAGAUGAUAGACAAGAGUUUCAAGAACUUAGGCAAUCCUUUGUGUCUAUGGGCCUUCCUGCAGAAGACGAAUCCGCAGUAUUUUCGAUAUUAUCCGGUGUUCUUCUCAUUGGAAACACUAAAAUAACAGCACAAGAAAAACAAGGAGUCCCAGAUGCAGCGCAUGCCACGGGCGAGUCGCUGGGUAUAUUGAAGGAAGCUGCUUCUCUUUUGUUUGUAGAUGCAGAGGCAUUGGCUCACAACAUUCUUAGGAAACAAACGAAAGUAGGGAAUCAACUCCUUGAGGGGCCGCGAACGCACAGAGAGGCAGACAUGAUGAUAAAAUCUGUCGCUAAGCACGUGUAUGAUCGGCUCUUCGGCUGGCUUGUACAAUUUUUGAAUAAAGCAAUAGCACCUCCCUCAGGAUUCAACGUAUUUAUGGGAAUGCUGGAUAUCUUUGGCUUUGAAGUUUUUGAACAUAACUCCCUGGAACAGCUGCUGAUCAACAUCACCAACGAACACCUGCAAAAGCACUUCAUCGACAUCAUAUUUGAGAACGAAACGAAGCUCUACAAGAGCGAAGGCAUUCCAACGGAAACCCUCGUGUGGACAGAUAAUGCUGAAAUCAUGGAUACACUCUGCGGGCCACGAGACUCCGUUUUCGCUAUUAUUGAAGAUAUUUGCCUCGGACUACGCGCUACCGAUGAGGCUUUAUGCGGUAUGAUCGUUCGCAAGUUGGGAGGCCGCGGAGUGGUGCUUCCUUCUCGGCGAGACCAGCGGAUAAAGUUUGUAGUGCGUCAUACAAUAGCGGAUAUUGAGUAUUCUUGUGAUGGUUUCCUUGAGAAGAACCAGGAUAUAUUGAAGAAAGAACUCCUCGAUGUACUCAAGGCCUCCCCGAACGCCGUCAUGGCAGGCAUGUUUGAAGAUGUUGUCGUGGAAGCAGGGAAGAUCGGAAAAGGGUCUUUGAUUGCUUCGCAGUUUCUUCGCUCGUUGAGCUCUAUGAUCGGCCUCAUUCGGGAGACGGAGCCUCACUUUAUUCGUUGUUUGAAGCCGAACGAAACGAAGCGUCCGUUGGAGUGGGACGCACCAAAGGUGCUGAAUCAGCUGUUUUCUUUGUCUAUCCUGGAGGCCUUGCAGCUGCGGCAGAUUGGGUAUUCUUUUAGAAGGCCCUUCCAUGAAUUUGUUAAGAGGUUUCGGUGGCUUGAACUCGGUGCAGCCAACUCAGAAGCAGACAGAAAAGAAGUGGCAAUUCAAAUGCUGCAGGCCUCAGGCCUGGCGGCUGAUGAAUGGGCGGUUGGCAAGACAAUGGUGUUUCUGAAAGCUGAGGCGGCUCGUGCUUUAGAGACGUUGCAGGCAGAGAAGAUGUUGGCGUUUCGCCCUCUGGUUGAGUUCGUCGAGGCGGCAUAUAAACGAAUUCUAAUAAGAAGAAGUUUAGAAGAAGUUCUUCCUUCCCUCAUACGUGCAGAGGCGCACUGUAGGCGACAAGUGACGCUGGUAGAGCACGGGGAGUUGGAUCUGUCUCCUGGUUUUACGGAGGCGUUGCUGCAGGGUGUUGACUAUGCACAGCAGCAAAAGAAGAAGAGGGAGUUGGAGAGGCAGCAGCGGCAGCAGCUGAAGCAGCAAGAGAGACGCGCCAGCAGAAAACUAACAAAAGAAGAAAAGCUUGCAAUGAAAGUGCUGCAAAUGUACAAGUCCUGGGAUAGCAUGCGAGGGAUAGAGAUGAAGCAUGAAGGGUUCUUUCCUCCUGAGGUUGAAUAUAUCAAAGAAAAACACAAAAGACCGAUUAUUGAACGCCGAAUUAAAGAAAAAGCGUUUUCUCAUGUGGAGCGUCAACAGUCGUUUCAAGACCCUGGGGUGUCUUAUCACCUUUGGCAGAAUGCAAAGAGUUUAUAUCAAGCUCCUUUAAGCGAGCAUCGUCUUCAGAACAUUUGUACAUGCUUGAGGGAUGAUAUGGAUAGGGUGUAUGGACACUUCUGGCAAGUUAUUAUUAAUAGAACCGAAGCAUUUGGGCUCGCCAGUGCCCAUGCAAAAGCAGAAAGACAUCUUGUUAAUCAACAUGGGAAAUUAAACUCCACGAGGAAGCAGCAGAGAAGUCGUAUCUGUACUGUAGAAGACAGGACUUCUCUGGUCUUGUUCGCGUGCGGAAGAGUUUGGUGCCCCCGUAUUUGUUGCAAGACGCCUCUUACUUGA